AUGUUAUCUGGUUCUCAGGAGAUCCUGGAGGCGAGGGCGGCGCAAAUUGCGCAACGAUGGAUAACUGACAUUUUUACGCGGGUCCACACCACCUGCGACGUUCCCGAACACGCAGUUUUUGGACCAUGUGAGCUGAAUCACACCUCUGUUUAUGACAGCAUCGCCUUCAUCGCUCUCAAGUCUAUGGACAGAAGAUCGGCACCAUACAUUUUAAGGGUGGACACCUCAGCGCACAAAAUGCCCACUGACGGCCCGAUGUGGCUGCGGCUCAUCCAGUCAGCCCGGAGCAGCGAGGAACAGAACCUAGAGGCCUAUGUGAAGAACGGACAACUGUUCUUUAGAGCCCUCAGGACGAUCCAGACGGAUGAGGAGCUUUUGGUGUGGUAUGGGAAAGACCUUGCCAAGCUUCUUCUACUGAACCCACUGCAGAUGCAAAGCAAAGGUGCUGGUCCAUACACAUGUAUAAACUGCAACCAGGGCUUUGAGUCUGAGUUCCCCUUCCUGGCACAUUGGAGAUUCCUUUGCACACAGAGACAACCAAACAGCCACACCACCAAACCUGGUCAAGACGACACCAACCAUGUGAAACCUGACUCCCUUCCCGUUUCUGCCUUCAAACUGAGCCAUCCAGAGACAAGUUCACAGGAUGGAAAACCUGCAACAGACUUCCACAAUCUAGCCAGGGAUAUGGAGAAUAACAGUAAUAAGACAGGCUUGUCUUGUACCAGGUGGGCACGGAGCACCCUCAAAAGGAAACACACGGAGGAGAGUUGGAAUGGCCCACAGCCUCUAAUCAUAAAGCAGGAACCACUUGAGAGAGGUUACUGUACUUUGAACUUGAACCAACAACCUAGCCCGGUCACCUGUCACCUGCCCACCAAUAUAAUAAGGAGCACCGUUACUAAAGACAGAACCGCUCAACUAAAACCACAACUGAAGACCUCAGGGCCAGAAGACAUCAGAUCCAACCCACAGAACCAGAGCAUUCAGCCCGGAAGUGGCCCAGCAGUGGAGCAGAGUGACUCAAAGAAGAAGACUCUGAAAGACACUCUGUCUCGAUCUCCAUCCCGCUCUGAGGAAACCUCCACUGACUCUCCUCCUGUCACCUCUGCCUUCAACCAGGUCUCUGUCUCGGAGAACAGGAGAAGUGCCUUCUCCCAGCCCCCACGCUCUGUUCCACUUCCCCAGACUACCCCCCUGCCUGAGAGGGCUAAAAUCUCCAUUACCACCCCCUCUACUGCCCUCCACAGACCUGUGCUGGUCCAGGGUGUUUUGAAACAGAGGCACCCUCUCUAUAGCCCAGCAGCUCUCUGGCCCUGGACCCCAGGGAGACCCCUGCAGGUUCCGAUCCCCCCCUCCUCGGUGCUCCUGUCCCCUUCCGUCUCACAACUCUCGCCCCACUGCCUGCCGGCUCAGAACUGGUGUGCCAAAUGCAACAUUUCCUUCCGCCUGACUUCAGACCUGGUGCAGCAUAUGAGGUCUCACCACAAGAGGACGCUUGAUGCCACAGGAUCUGCGUGUGGGGUGAAACAACAGCAUCACAGGGAGAGGGAAGAGAGGCUCAAGUGUUCCAUCUGCAGCGAGGUCUUCAGACAACGUCAUCACCUUGCACGUCACUUGACCUCUCAUACACGAGUUCAGAUAAUUAGUAAGGUAUAA